AUGUCUACCAUCUUGAUCUCCGGUGCCAACAAAGGAAUUGGCCGCGGCCUUGUCGCCAAGUACCUCGCUCGCGACAAUGUGACUGUGAUCGCAGCCGUCCGCAACCCAACCUCCUCGGAAGCAACCUCUCUCUCCGACUUUCCCACUGGAAAGGGCAGUCGAUUGAUUAUUGUCAAGAUCGACGCCAGCUCUAACACCGACGCCAAAGCUGCAGUAGAGAAACUGCCUAGCCAGGGCGUGUCCGCUCUCGACAUCGUUAUCGCCAACGCCGGAAUCUUCGACACAGCCGCUUUCACCACCGUUGCCGAUUCGACUAUCGCACAGAUUCAAGCCCAUCUCGAUGUAAACACUAUCGGCCCUGUCCGCCUCUUUCAGGCUACACUUCCUCUCCUUGAGAAGUCAUCCUCCCCUCGCUUCAUCCUAAGCAGCAGUCUUAUGGGAACGAUUGGAGGUAUUAAAGACAUCCCGCUCAAGAUUGCGCCUUACGGUGCUAGCAAGGCCGCGGCCAACUUCUUUGUCCGGAAAAUCAACUUUGAACAUGACAAGAUUGCAACCUUGGCUAUUCACCCUGGAGCCGUCAAAACCGAUGCUGGAAAUGAUGCUGCCCGGGCUGCGGGUUACCCCAGCGCUUUCGUUGAAGUCGAUGACAGCGUGAAUGCUAUCGUCGCCAAGAUCGAUACCUUGACCAAGGAUAACGGAGCCGGAGAGUUCUGGAACAUUGACGAUACUACCAUCGGCUGGUAG